UACAAAAGCAGCUCAUGACAUUUCCUAUAGCGUUAUGCCACGUAUUUAUUUUGUUUUUGUCAAUGAUUGGUCAAUAAAACCGUUUAGAAUUUUGCGUUGGGUGGCAUUCGGUCCUCGCUUUUCGUUGACAAAUGUCUCAGGCCUAGGGCUUCAGGCCUAGGAUCAAGCUUGGAUCAAGCUCUUUUCAAAAGGCCCUCAUUUGAAACCAGUCUCAGCCCGGAAAGGUUCUGUUGUGGGGUUGAGCAUACCAUAGAUUCAAGACAAGUCAAGUCCCAGUCUUCUAUUUCCAAUUUACAGUGAAGGAACCACGUUGUCGCAUCGCCUCUACUCUUCAGAAUUUAUAUUAGGAUGCUGGCUAUUUCAUUACUUCCUGUUCUUUUGAUGGUUUUGAGCAUACAAAAAGGUUAUGCUGCUUUUGAUGAUGACCUCAACUGUAUGGUUUGUGAAGUGAUAGUAAAUGAACUGGAGAAAGGUAUAGCUGCAGUGGAUCCGAAGAAAGUAAUUGAUCUUGGUGGAAGACUGGAAGCAGAUGGCUCUAGAAAAAUCAUCAAGAAGCAGUACCGGAGAUCAGAGGUUCACCUCGGUGAGCUCCUGGAGGGCGUGUGUGAGAAGAUGGACGACUAUGCCCAGGGCCACUGGAAGGACACCGGCGCCAAGGACCUGCUGCCCAUCAUCGUCGACGGAGCAAUGAACCCGAGGAUGUCAGAGUUCGAACUGCUCCAGGACUCCAACCUCAACAGGGGAAUCAAGGACUAUUGUCAGACGAUCGUGGAGGAGCAGGAGGACGAGCUCAUGGCCUUCCUGGCCAAGGAGCACGAAAACGCCAGCCACCAAUUCUGCUUCCACGAAACCAGCAUCUGCUCCCAUCACAGUCACAAGGAAGAGCUGUGAUGAGGGCUGAAACUCGACCUCUGCGGUUUUGUAGUUGGGCUGCGGGGCUACAGGCUGUCGGCACUCCCGGUGUCUUUUGGCAUGUACCGGGUUUGUGCUAUUGGGGACUCAUUGCCGUCCAGUUCUUUGGGUAUUAUGGUGUUGGGAUGGGUGGCUGGGGUGCCCGGGAGGUCACGAAUGUUCAGUGUGCUACGUCUUCCACAUCGAAUUGUUUUGUUAUAAUUUUACCGUACGGAAUAUUAUUCAACGUGCAGGCGUGUCUUCGGAUGUGACAUAUAUCUUAUGAUAUUUGGGGUGUCGGGACUUGCGCUGACGUUUUCUGAAACCUUUUGAUGAACGAUGCACAUUGCACAGUGCACAUGAUCUCUUUUUGAAACUUGUUUUGUUUUAGGUAGUUUUUGUUUGAUUUGCACUGUUUGGAUUGGACCACUUUUUUAUUUUAUAAACUUGCUUCUGAGUCACUACGUUCUAUGAAAAUGCGUAACAUGAAUAAGAGGUAGGGGCAUAGUCGGAAAUUUGCCUCUUUUAUGACUCAUGCGUGAUGUGUAUUUUAUUUGAUUAUUUGAAUGUUGUUCUUGCUGCAAUUUGGAUCAUUUGUGCAUAUUUUUAUGCGUGAUUUGUCUUCCACCAUCCCCAUGAUUCUUCGACAAUGGCAGAGUGCACUGCCUACCGUCUUCCACAGCUUAUUCUAUCGAUAGAACCAGUGGUGGUACUGUCUCGCUGCUAUUGAUUUAUGUAUCUACACAAGUGUUCCACUGCUCCAAAUACGUCCCACGUGACAAAGUUUCAGCGCUGUCGGGAAACAUCUGUGCUCGAGACCCCCACGCUAGGGACCACAGUGACAUGCACUUCAUGUAAGGGGCUGUGGUGACGCACGUGCCUUUGUCGUUGAUCGCUUGAUGUCGGAACGUUUGUUGUGUUGGGGAGAGGUACCUAUAACAUGGCUCGCACAAUACAGAGCGGCGAGUGCCGUCACAUUGAGAGCA